AAACGUCUUCAAGAUCUUCCACCUCAUCUUCGAGAUUCAUCUGAAGGUACUUCUCGGCUUUCUCUCGAAGCAGCAACCGCGAUUUAUCGUCUCCAAACCGUUGCUCAGCCUCCAUCCAUUUUCGGAACAGAGGCCGUAGUUUGUGCAUGCUAAGUUUCAAGGCACAUGCGCGUUCCAAUACUUGCCGGGCCAUCUCGAUUCCAGAAUGCUUGAGACAGAGAUCAGCAUAAACUAGCCAGACAUCUGUCUUUUUCGGGUAAGCAGUAACCAGGCUUUCGAACAAUGUACGCCCCCUCUCAACAUCUCCAUUGCGGAAUUCCAUUUGAGCGAACCGGCUGAUUAAAGGAACGUGUCGCUGCUUUGGAACGCUCGUGAGUGCUCUUUUCAUCAAAUCACGUGCCGUAUCAGCACGAUUGGUCUUCAUUAGGUGCUCGCCAUAGAGCGUCCAAACAUCAUCAGAAUCCGCACGGAACUUUUUCACCAUCGCUUCGUAAAUCUCAUCGGCUUCUUGAUUUUUGCCAUUGUCUGAAUAGAUGGCUGCCAUUUGUUUGUGCAUUUUGAGAGCAUCGGCAUUGCCACAUGCCCGACUGAAGACUUCCUUAGUUGAGGUAUCAUCACCGUAUGCUACUUCCAUAUUGAGGAACGCCGUCCAAAUAUUGAAGAUUUCAGCUUCCUCUCUAUAGUUAAUAACAGUGAGUGCGCGUUCAGCAGUAGCACGGGCUUUAGUGAGAUCAUUCUUGCCAAGGAAAAACGAAAUGUACCUGAUCCAAAUUUCAGCAGAGUUGGGAUCUUUCCGCAAUAGUCGAGCGAAGUCUUCCUGCGAUUCCGGUUCAAAGUCACCCGCUAGUUCCACUUCUCGGCUCGCCAGUCUUCGUUCCUUUUCUCUGUCUUGUUCCUCUUUAGUCAUUGCUUUCAUUUUCUUGACAUCUUUAACUCGCUCCUUUUUUAGGUCUGACGGCGGCUUCUGAGUUUCAGCUUCCGUUUUUAUUUCCUUAUCAGCUGCAGUGGUGUCACAGUUCUCAUCACCAUCAUUGCCAAGUUUCCCUACUGCUGCAAGGUCUUCUGGGCGGAAACCAGUAUUAGACCAGUCGAAGCCCGGAUCGCUCAACGAAACCUUUUCAACCGGUUCAGGAGUCAUCUCUUUCUUUUUCUUCUCUUUUUUUGGUGGUACGCCCUCAUCCUCCUCAGCUAUCCGUUUUCUAUCCUGUAUAGCGGGAGCCUUGAAGACGAUGCCCAUGAGGAAAAGGGAAAUCCGACCUUCACUAUCAAUAUGACGAACUCGUACUGUAACUAUGGAGUUCAAGGUGAUUGUUGAGAUCUCCGGAUGGUGUAUUUUCCGUAGACGCCCAACGAUUCCUGGUCCAAUCUCCACCAAUAUAGCACCUGCUGUGUGUUUAGCUACGAAUCCAUCACACGUAAGCCCGGCGGUGACUUGACUGCGAUCGACAAGCAAUCGGCGACGGUCCUCCUUUUUGUCUGGCGCAUCUUUCUGUUUCAAAUAUGACUCAUACCUUCCCUCUGCGCACACAUAGUUUCGCUGAGGAUUCUCCUCUCGACGUAAUGCAUACAAAUGGAAGAUUCCAUCUCGCUUGAAAUGCUCAAUAUGUAUGUGCACUUUUUCAUAAUUGUUCGCAAUUGCAGUCGCACAUAAAGUUGCCUGUUGCCCGUUAGCCAAAUGAAAUUGCACAGACAUUGGAUGAUUGGUCACAUGCGUGACCCUCGCAGUUAGUCGAUGUCCUGGUUCGAAUUUUUUGACAUCGGCUUGCAUAUCAAACGCUAAGUUUAGAAAUCCAUGAGGUUUUCCUUUCCUAUUCACAACGCUUAGCACUUUCGCCAUACGCAUUUCACCGCCUUUGGGUAGACAUUCAAACACUUCUCCGCCAUGCUCUGGAGCGUCCACCUUUAGAUCGUCGCUAAUAGCUUCGUGAGCUAUCUGACCAGAACAAUGAGGAUUAACUUCUACACGAAUAUUUUUACUCGUCAUCUCUUGAUUAGGUAUCACAAAGCAACGGACGACUUCUCCUGGCUUGAAAUCUGUUUGAAAAGCGACUAAUGAUGCUCUUUUCCGCGCUUCACACAUUUUCGCUUCAUUCAUAGUCAGUUCGGCAACGCGAACCUUCGAAUCGCCUCGUUUGAUUCGCACGAAAUUGAUAAUCUUUACGACAACUGUUUUCAUACGAUUUCGCUUAAUAAAAUCUUCGAUUGGAGAAGAACUUUCCAUCAAAAAUCGUGAUGGUAGUUCAGACGCAUGAAGACGACCGAUAUUUCCGCCAGGCAAUUCAACUAGAACAGCGAGCUUUCCAUUAUCACGCCCAUCAUUGCUAGUCCACGGGCCUAUUACAGUGCCAGAAUAGGUGCAGAGAUUUUUAACGCUUUUCGUUCGAAUCCCCAACUCAGAUUUCGAUUUAGGAUGUUCACCAUCUUCAUUCUGGUUCUCGGAGAAUUUUUCACCUCCGGAUUUCUUGGAGACAUGAUUGGCGGAUGAAAACAAUUUUGCAAGCAGUUCAUCGUCACCACUGAGGAGUCCGAUAUGAACAUUAUCAGCUAACUGGGCACUUUCUCCAAUCUCUACUUCGUCACCGUACGAUACGCGCACAUUCUUGAUCUCCACGAUCUGAUUGGGAUGGAAUCUUGAUGGAACAAACACUAAAUGCUUCUUCUUCAAUACAACAACGUAAUCCCUUUUUACAAGCACAACACGAUCCGCAGACUUAGAAUCGUUUGCGCCCCGAUCCUUUUUGCUUUUCUUCUUCGAAGGUUGAACAUUGGCUGAAUCUACCAUAACCAACUCAGCAUCAUUACGUGGGAAGACGUAGUCGAUAACAAGGCACUUGAUUUUAUCUCCAACCUUGGCACCCUCAGUGUAGUUCCCUUUGCGUAUACAUCCGGUCAACUUUCCAGCAAAUGUAACGAAAAGAAUGUCAUCCACAAUUUGAAAAAUCGUUGCAGUAACCUCCGAUCCAGGGGAUGGUAAUUUUGCCCUAGAGUGAUUCGCAAGAGCAAUCAACUCUUCAACUGAUGAACGCAACAGCUGUAAGGCGAGAGAAGACGACGUCGAUGAACUAUUACCUGGUUUAUCUGGCAUACACUCAGCCAGCUGCAAUCAAACACUAUUGAACAAGCGAAGGGUUGGAGAGUAAAUAGUGAAAAAACAAAAUCUCAAGAAGUGUCUGCGUCUCACCUUCAAGCUAACUCGAAAAUUUUUCUUCUCUGCGUUGAUUUUACUUAUACGCGCCAGAACUGUUUGUCCAAUCUGUAGACCGGUCGCUCCAUCUUCUCCCCCAUCAAUGUCGACGAGUGCUACCUUUCCAAUUAGUCCACUUCCACCAGCUAAUUCGACAUAUAGGCAAUCAUCAGGGACACGUUGAGAAAUUACACCGCAAACAAUCUGUCCUGGUUUCAGAUCAGCGAAGGAUUUUGGUAUAUUCUCUUCGUGAUUCCUAAGCCAUUCACAUAUGAAACGUUUUGAGGUAAACCUAUGCUCACCCCCUACAGACCCAAGUAGAGCGACAGGACUCAACUGCAUACCACUCCUGAACGUUGACUUCAUCGACACAAAAGGAGGGUCAAGAGAAUCAGAAACCAAAUUUGAUGCAAGGUUUCCUUUGACUGAAGAGUUAGAGUCAAGAUGCAGAACUACUCGUUCGGAUCUAUGUCCACCAAUCGUCGAUUCCGAAACAUCAUCAAUGACAGCAUUCAGAUCACUAAUAUCACCACAAAAUUCAACAGGCUUCGGAUUUAUAACAUGUCUUGGUCCGGCUGAUUCGUUCGCUAGCGCCAAGGUCAUCUUAUUCCCAGCAGUAUUGACUGAUGUUACGCGCACUUCAAUCACUUGUCCCACGCUGAUAUCGGCACCCAAUCGUUUCGCUUCACUUGCAACAAGAAGCCCGCGCGCAGUGCCGAAAAACUGCAAAAUUACGCCGCCUGUUUCCAAAACCUUCACCACAACUCCGACGCUCACGACACCCUCAUACUUGGCCUCAUAACUGCUUAUUAUGUUUCCCUUGUAAUUCACCAGAGAUGGGCGUGCCGUAAGCCACACUUGCUCCUUCGCCUCACUGAUAAACCAUACACGACAUUUAAUCGACUUACCAACAGCAAACGCCUUCUCUAAUGCGGUUUUCUUAUCGGCUGCAUGUUCAACAGGUAUAAACCCUUUGACAAAAUCAUUGAGUGCCACUUGGAUGCCACGGGGGUGCACAUCUGUAACUUUAGCUUCCACCACUUGGCCUGGUAUCGCAUCCUUGUAAGAUAUGAAUUUCUGACUGAGCAAAUCUUUGCGAGUUGUAACGACCAUGCAUCGAUCAGCAUAGCGAAAGUUCAUUACCCGACAGGUGUGCUCCGAACCGAUAGGAUAUACUUGUUCUAUCUCUUCCGACUUGUUCAAGUAUCUUUUGUACGAGAUAGCAGAUACAAGGGGAGUUUUUCCAUCUUCUGUAGGAGGCAGAGAAAAGCAAACAAGGAAUGUUGAAGGGACGACAUCGAUAACAGUGCAUUUCAAACGAUCACCAAUAGAGUAUCCCAAAAAUGAAGAACGCUUUUCCGGCUUGCUUAUAGCAAUAAUGUCAGGAUGUGCAGAUAGUACAAGUAGGGGAGUGUUCUGUUGACAAAACAUAACGACGCAUCGCAAGGCUCUUCCAAUUUUAGUAAUGUCACCACGCAAGCGAGGUGGUAGAUGACUUUUUGCAACAAAGCCACGGACGUCGUUUCCCAACGUAA